AUGGACCAUGGCUCUUUUCUCCCUUCCAAAAAAAUUUCUUGUUGCCCUAAAUUUUCAUUCCAGCUCCUAGGGUUUUCGGGGAAGAAGACCAUGCUCGAUCCUCACAGGCUGCUGCUACACGCUCUCUUCCUCCUCUUCUCCUUGCAUUCUUUCGGAUCGUCGGAUGGAUUGCCGGAGGCGCCGUGCUGCAAGCGCCCCUCUUUGGCGCAAAUCUUUCUCCACUCCCCCGACGAGGUCGUCAUCGGGGAGCUCGUCAAUCGCGUGAGCCUUGUUCCUCGGGUUCUCGAGCUAAACGAGAGCUCCGCUACUCUGGAGCAAACGCUGAGCUCCUUGUGGUCGGCGUCCAAGGUGGAAUCCAGCGCGAUGCUACUGCUCUACGCGUCGUGGUGUCCAUUCUCGAAGCUCAUGAGGCCAUUGUUUGACACGAUGUCUUCCAUCUAUCCGUCGGUGUAUCACAUCGCUGUGGAGGAAUCGAGCGUGAGGCCGAGUGUUCUCUCGAAGUAUGGAGUGAAUAGCUUCCCAACACUGAUCCAUCUCACCUCCAAGUCCAGGACUCGUUUCCACGGAUCCAAAGAUCUCAAGAACUUGGCGAGCUUCUACAAAGACAUGACAGGAUUUUCGCCGGAAGUUCAAGGAUCCUCGGAAGCUCUGAUCCUUCACUCGAGCCAAGGCAGAUCUCCGGCUGGUAUGUGCCCGUAUAUCUCUCCCGAGAAGCUACUUGAGGGCAACAUGUAUCUCACGCUCGCGGCGUGCUUCCUGGCUCUGAGGCUCGCGUUCCUCUUGCUCCCGGUGGCAACCAAGAGCUUGAAAUGGUGGUGGGAGCGAUCGGUCGCGAAUCUUUUCACCUCGCGGCGGCAAAGCACGACUUCGUCGUCGUCGUCACACUCGAGCGUUAGCGAUGGAAAUCCCCGCGCAGCCGAGAUUGGUGAGGAUCUUCCACGAAGGAAUCGCAGGGCCCAUGAGUCUGGCACUGGGAAUCGCUGGGCGUCGUCUUCCACGUCCUUUUCGCCAGUUCCAAUCGGCCUCGCGCGGCCAAAGAGCCAGCAUUUGUACGAGUAAAUCAUCCACAGCUUGUAAACUUUUGAUUUGACGAGUUA